AUGAUGAAUCAAGGGAGUAAUGAAUUUUUAGAAAAAGCACUAAGCAGGGAGAAACACGAGAACAAACAAAUCGAACAAGUGAACGACAAAUUGCAGAAAAAAAUAGUUCAAGAGAAUAACCAUGGAAAAAUAAAUAGCUCAAAAAAUAAAAAAAAUAAAAAUAAAAAAAUAAAAUAUGUUAACCCUUCUGAUAGUUUUAUGUCAAAAAAGGUUAGUGAAGAAAUAACAGAAAAUAAAAUACCAUAUGGUGCACGUGCAAAUGAGCCAAAGAUAGCCGAGUUGGAGUUAGGUCAGUUUAGGUCCAUUCCUGAAAUAUUUCUAGAUGAUUCGGAUUCUAAUUUGGGAAAAGGUUCUGACGCGGGGAAAUGUAACGGGAGUACGUCUGACAAGGAGAAGAGUAAGGGGGAUAAAUUUGACGAGGGCAAGUUUGGCAAAGGAAAGUUUGAGGGGGAUAAAUCCAACAAACGCCAAACCUUGGGGAAAGUUGAUAGUAACACAAGCGAAUAUCCCACCUCCGAGAGUAGUGCAAGUCCCAAAGGUACUUGCAGAUUAUUAAAGGACACGAAGAAAGACUUGCAAAGGACUAAAUCAUGUGCAUCUACAUUAUCUAUAAUAUCAUCGGAUUCAGACAAUUCGAGUAUUUACCUAGAUAAUGAUUACUUAAUAAGUAUAUGUAUAGAGAAAAUAAAAAUAGAAAUAAAUAAGCUUGAAAAUAAUUACACACAAUAUGAACAAGCAUUCUGUGUGUCAUAUUUUGCAUAUGAAGAUCCACUAGAAUUGUUCAGUUUAUUUCAAGGCAUAAAUUGGCUACCUGAAUUGAGAAAUAGAUGUACUUCUGCAAAUUUAGUUGAAUAUUCGCCUAAGGAAAAUAUUAAAAAAAGUAUAUGUACUGUUCAUGUAAACUUUCAUCAGUGUGUGAAUUUAAAAAGUAGAAAAAAUGAAUUUUUGAACAUAACAGAUAAUAAUAAUAGUUCUGAUGAUGAUCAUAAGGAUGAUGACGACAUCAUUUAUGUUUUCAUUUCUGUAGUUGGAAUACAUCUAAAAGAAUUUGGAGAAUCGCACUAUUACAAGAUAUAUGAUAGACAAAAUUUUGCUCCAUAUUUCAAUAACAUAGAUUUGUUAUUACCCUUCAGCAAAAAGAAUGCAAAUGAUAUGGGCAUGGAAAAAAUAACAAAGGAUGAAUGCUCGCGCUGGGUUAGAAGUACUGAUAGUAGCAGAGGCAUAAGCAAUGACAGAAAUGCAAGCAGAAAAGCUCCUUGUAUGCACAAAGAAAUUAACUCAAAAAAAGGUACACAUAUGUUUAAUGGAGAACUGGUGGAAGCAUACAAAAAAGAACUGCAAGAAGAAGCUAAAUCGAUGGAAUCAAAGAAAAUAAUUAUAGAGGGAGAAUACGUGAAGUUUCUUAAAAUACUAGGCUCUUGCAUUAUUCCUAUAAAUGUUUCCAAUAAAAAUAUACUAAAAACAAAACAAAACAAAAAAAAAAAAAAAUGCGAUAGCUAUAAUUUAUAUUCGCACGCUACCAUCAGAUUACUACUAGACAGAUAUUUAGACCAUUUCAAAAGAAAUAGAAAAGUAAAUUUAUUUCAUUUAGUUAAUAAAUAUGAAAAGGAGUUAAUACCUAUAGGAAAUAUAAAACUCAUACUUGAUAUUAAAAGUGAAACUCAUACCCAUGACACAAUUGACACAGAAUAUAUAGCAAGGCGCAUACAUAAUACGAAUAGCAAUAUACAUGACUGUAUAGAUAAAAUUUUGAAAUAUGUAAAAAUUAAAAAAAAAAAAAAGAAAACAAUAUUACAUGAAAAUGGUGCUAAUGAUAAAAACGGCUUGUACAGGGAGGAAGAUAAAAUAUGUUCUAUCAUAAAUACAGAAUUGAUGAGAAUAGAAAAUAAUUAUCUCAAGAAGUCAUAUUCUUAUAUAGAGAAAAAUUUGCAAAAAAUAUAUAACCCGAAAGAACAAGAAGAAUUUAACAAAAGGGUAAUAAGAAAUAUUUUUCAAAUGUUAGAAAUGACAAAAAGGGGGGCAUCAAACAGAUCAUCAUACAAUUUGUUGUUCAAUUCAUCGUGCAGUUUCUCACCGUACGAAAUUGUAUGUUCGCAUGUAAUUAUUCGUGUUCAUUAUGUAAGCAACAUAGCUCUACAAUUAAGUUCUCUUAACCGUUUUAUUGAUAAAGAAAAGUUCUACAUUAUUAUAUAUUGGGCAGAAGAGGGGGAUACAAUGCACAACAUUGAAAAUAUAAAAUUAAGGAGAACUAGAAUUAUAGAUCUACAGAUGGAAAAGGGGAUAGAAUUAGACUACUAUUUUGUCGGGGGUAAAGACAACAAUAAAUAUGAACUGCUUAAUGAUAAAACGUAUGAAAAAAAAAAAAAAAAAAAUUUCGUUUCUUUAAAACUAAAUUUCAACAGCUGUGUUAUCCUGCCGUAUAAUUAUAAUGCCCCAUCUUGUGCAAUAAAUAUGAUUCUAUUUCAGAAGGAUAUACCUCUUCUAGAGUUAACGGAAAAUAUUAUAAUAAAUGAUGAUAUACCUUUUAAUAAUGGAUGUAAAAUAAAGAAGGAACUAAAAAUUCAUCAUAGUUGUGAUAAAAAGGAAGAAGAGAAUUUUAUUAAAGACAGUUUUAACCCAUAUGUAGAAAUCUCUUUUUAUACACAUCCGAAACACAGUACUUUUUUUUCAUCAGAUAUGUAUAAAUUAUUUUAUGAAGGUAAGAUGAAAUGUACCCUAGAUGAUACUACACAUGCCUCUUACUCAGCUCCAGUUCUGAAUAGGGGAAAUAUUAUUUUCUUAUUUUUUGACGAUUUUAUUAAUAAUUUGUCACAUGCCGGUAUUAAUAAGGAAAAGAAAGAAAAUAUACAGUAUUCUUGCAUAACUAAUUUCUUCAUACCUAUAACACAGAAAGAUAAUAGUGAUGUAUGUACAAAUGUUAGAACAGUGCAGAACAUUUCAAAUGGUGUGGAAAAAAACAAACGUGUCUUACAUAACAACCAUUUUAUAUCCAAAUGUAAAAAAAAAGAUAAUAAUACAUUGUUAUUGAAAAAGGAUACAAUAUCCUAUGCACUAGCAGAAGGCCUAGGACUAAUGGGUGGGGAAAUAAAUAAAUGGCUUUCCUUUUAUGUAUAUACAAAGAAUUAUAAAAAUGAAAAUAUAUAUUGUGGAACUUCUGUUACAAUAAGAAUACAAGUUGAACCCGUUGGUUGUCUCAAAUCUCAGUAUGGUAUCGACUCUAGUAAGAACGGCAAAGUGGUAGGUGGGAUUAGAACCAUCGAUAACGAUAAUGUUAGCGAUAAAAAUAAUAUCACAAGAGGUAAUAAUGAUCCAUUGCGUCCCUUUUCUUUCUGCUUCAAACCGCUUAAUGAUAUAUACGAAACAACGGACUACCAAGUAAAGGAUUUUAAAAAUGGCACGUAUCAAAUUUUAUACAAAAUAAAUAAGGUCGGGAAAAAACUGCUCCAUAUUUAUUGUGAUGGAAUUAAUAUAAUCGGUUCCCCAUAUGAAAUAUAUACCAUCCAAGCAAAUGCUGAUUCGAAAUUUUCCAAGAUUUUAGGGUCAGGUGCUACAAGAUGUUUAGCUACUCCAGUUUUUAACUUUAAUAAUGUAUUGUAUAAUGACAUAACAGAUGCAAAAAUGGAGGCAGACAACGGUAGACGGGGAGGAUCUACAUAUACAUCUACUGAGAAAAAUAGCAUGAAACUUAGAAGUUUAUGUAAAGGGAAGGAAGAGUUUGAAGAGGAUAAAGAAAAUUACAUCGAAGGGAAAAUAAAACAAGCAGAAAACAAUACACAGGUUCCUAUUAGUAGGAGUCUCUCAAAAGGGGUAAAAUCUGUUGCCAUUACUGAGGAGGAGAAGUCACAAGGGAGAAGUAACAGUAGCAUAAUUACCAAAACAAGGCAGGAUAAUACCAGUGAACAUAGAAGUAACAGGAACCUACACGAAAUCACCAUGAAACAGAAUGAUUUUCCCCAUAAAGUUCAUGCAGAGAAGGAAAAUACGAACAGUUUGAAGAACAAUACGCUGAAUAUCCAUUCAGAUAAUCUACAACGUGACGAUCUUUCUCAGAAGGAAACGAAAUAUUCUGAUGCGAAUUUCAGAAUUCUGAAUUGUUCAGAAUAUUCUAACCAAGGUAAUGAAGACAUCAUUAAUAUAGACAAAAUGAAUAGGGAAAGAUACAAAAACUUUAUGAAAAAUAUAUACAUUGUUAAUACUUUUACUAUAGUUUUAUAUGACCAUAAUGGAGAAAGAAUUAGUAUUGGAAAUGAUAAUGUUAAAGUAGUGGGUAGGAAAGGAGCAUAUAUUAAAAAUGUCGUUGACAAUAACGACGGAAGCUAUGAAAUAGAGUAUAUUUGCUAUUUUAAAAAAGAAGAGAAUACAACAAGAAAAAAAAAUAAUAUAAAUGGAAUAAAAAAAGAAGACAUAAUAAAUUUUUACAAUGAAUUUCUAUUUCAAGAAAAUAAAUAUUAUGAUAAUGUUAUAAUUAACGAAUUUGAAAAAAGAUUUAAUGAUGUGCCUAUCUAUUGUGAAAUAAAUGUAUACGUAAAUGAAAUACAAAUUUUUGGAUGUCCUCUAAAGCCAAUAAUUACAAAUGUUCAUAAUAUUUUAGAAUUUUAUAAUUUAUAUGAUCAGCAUACCUAUUCAGGGCUCUUACUAAAAAAUUUUGAACUAUUAUUGUACUCAAAUAAUUAUCAAAACUGCAUGCACAGAUUAUUGAAUUUUUAUAAAAAUUUUUUAGAUCAUGAAUCUGAGUACUCGUAUAAAAAAUUACUCUCAUUAAAAGUAAUGAACGAACAGGUAGAGAAUGUUAAUUUCUUUUUUACAAUACCUCUGAAUAUUUCAGAAUUGAAGAAGGGGGCACUAAUCCGUAGCACAUUGCCCAUAGAUAAGCUAACCUGGGACAGCUCUAGAAAGCACUGUAAAAUUAUUCCCAAUGGAAAAAUGCCCUUUAAAGAAGAGGAAUGGGAGAAGGAAGUGAUAACUCCUUUUUAUGCUAAUUUGAAUAAUUGCCGUGUAACUAUGCCUUACCCUAGUAGUUACACAAACGUACCCACCUAUCCUACUGAAGAAGAACAGAAUAGCGUGUAUUAUAAAAGGGGCGUAAAGAAUAAGUUUAGAGGUGAAAAGCGAUACAUUGGAAAAAACUGGAUUUCGCAUAAUGACGAAAUAGGGGAGGAAUACUCCUCAAAGAAUUGCACUAGUGAACAGGAUGAGUAUUUUUUGAAUGAAUGGUUGUACAUGCACAAAUAUAAGGAACAUAUGUCUGAUGUAAAUAAGAAGCACGAUUUAAGUAUGCACUUAGCGUAUUCGUUAAGUAACAUAAUAUUACAUCAUUUAAUUUAUUUAAAAAAGUAUAAAUAUUUCAUUAAUUCGAAGCAGUAUGAAAAUGACUUGUUACAAAAUAAUAUAUUGACUCAAUUUAAAAAUUUGUUGAAAGAAGAAUAUAAUAAAAUGUUUGCAUAUCAAACUAACAAUAUCAUAAAUUAUUGCAACAAAAUAGGGAAUGCAAAAUUUAGCAGUCUGGAGGAAUUAAUAAAAGUAUAUAAAAGUAUAGCUUUUGAGUUGAGGAGACUGAAGAAAAACGACUUAGCUGAUGAUUUUGAUAAAUGCUGUGAAAAUAUGUGUGAGGAAUUAUAUUUACAAAAUAUUGAAGCAAGUCUGAAAAGAAAAGAACUAAAAUUGGAUCAAUAUGAAAAAAUGAUAAAUGAAAAAGUGGAAAAACUGGAUCAAAUAAAAAACGAUGUAAAAAAAUAUGAAGACAAAUAUAAUGUAGACAUAGAAAAAGUAUCAAAGUUAUGCAGUGUAAAAAUGAGUAAAGGAAUACAAACUUGUGAUUACUUAUCGUAUAAACAUAGCUUCUUGAGUUCUUUAAUCGAGUCGAGGAAUGUGAGAAGUGUGCAGAGUGGGCAAAAUGGGCAGAGUGAGAAGAAUGAGUGGAGUGGAUCCCAUAUGAGCAAUACCAAUAAGGAUAUUUUCAUUUUGGUCAGAAAGUAUUGGAAAAAUGCAUCAACAUACGACAUUUUUACAACUAUUAAGAAUACUCUCAAAAAUUGCCCUAGGUUGAAAAUAUCUCUAGAUGAAACUUUCAACUACUAUAGUUGUAGUAUUAAAAAGGAUAACAAAAUGAAAGAUUUUCAGAUAAAAAAAAUGCAAGAAAUAAAAGUGGUAGAGAAUUUAGAUAAUUUAAAAAAAAUAGAAUUAAAUGAAGAAGAAUUGCUUACCUAUAAUGAGCUGAACAAUUUUUAUUUAACAUAUAAUGCUUAUGUUGCACUUAUAAUAGAUUUGAAGUGUAAUAAAUAUUUUAUUAAAGAUUUAGACAACGUGUUAUAUUUAUUUGAAAAAUUUUCCGUUGAACAUAACUCCUUUAGACAGUUAUAUAAUCCAUACGGUUUAUUAAGAGUAAUUCCGAAAUAUUUAUUUAUAGCAUUUGUACGAGAAUUAGCUUAUUUAAAUAUGCUAUAUGUCUUAGCAGAAUAUGUUGUAGAUAAAAAAGAGGAUGAAAAAAUAUAUCUUAGCCUAAAUCAUCCUUCUCGAUUGUCCUCAUUUCACUAUUUUAUUAAAUAUCAUUUCAUCGAUUUUUAUGAUAAAUUAAGUAUGCAAUCAAAUUUUCAAAAUUAUAAACAGCAUUUAAUUGAACUUAAUAAAGAAGACAUAGAAGGUGAAAGUACGAAAGAUACUUCCACUCAUAUACACAUAAACCUAUAUGACCUAGAAACAUAUUUCAAUAAUGAACUACCACUAAUCGUUAAACAUAAAAAUUUCUCAAAGACCUUUCCUUUACUUUUUGAUUAUUAUUCGAAAUUAUCCACCUGUCAAGGUGAGGUAAAUAAAAUGGAUAUGCAAAAGGACAAAGAAGAGGAAAAUAAAUUGACUGAAAAUAACAUGGAUAAAAAAUAUGUAUCCAUUACUAUUUUUAUACGCUUUCUAAGAGAGUUUGGAUUAAUUCCACACUUUUUUAGCAACCAUAUAGCUAUCCAAAUUUUACAAUCUUUCAUGAAAAAUAAAAAGAAAUUAAAUUAUGAACACUUUUCUUAUGCUAUCAUUUUGGCUAUUUCAGAAUGUGUAAAAAAAAAUAUUCUCACUCAGUAUAAUAUGUUAAAGGUUAAUAACCAACUUAACUCGAAAAUACAGACAGACAAAAUUUUAAAUUACAGUUAUAUCGCCUACGAAGCGAAGGAGUUGAUUUAUCUCUUUGGUCUUGCGGACAUGCACAUCGUCAAAUCGAAAAUAAGUUACUGA